ACAGCAGACGCAAUCGGCGCCCCCGGGUCCAGUCUAUCGGUCACCGCCAGCCCAUCCGCACCUCUUGUCAGUUGAGAGCAGAGCAGAGCUGAGCACAUCUCACUCGACAUUGCUCGCUCCUCGUCGCCCGCUGCAUCCGACGAGCCGCCUCUGCUCAGGGUUCGUCCCUUUUCUUCGACAGCAGGGCUUUGUCCCUCGAGGCGUGAACUGAGCCAAGCAAACCAAAAGGCAAUCCGGGUCUGCCUCACUUGCUCACCUCACGCUCUCACUCACCCACCCGCUCACCACCAUGGCCGCUGUGUCGUUCAGCACCCGCCACGAGCAUGGAGGGGCCAAGAUCACAAAGUCGCGCACGCGCAACAGCGUGAAACCGAUGCUACGCAAGCUGCACUCGUCAUCCUACUCGGAGAAGAACUCGCUGGACCUGGACCGUGGAUGGGACGAGCAGCUGUCGCCGCACCUGGGCUACGUCGCGCCCACGCUGGACGACUACUACUACAGCAGCAGCAGCACGGCCACCCCGACGCCCGCCUCGCAAAAGGCUAAUCCGGACGAUUUGCUCAACAGUCAUCCGUACUACCAGCAGCAGUACGCCGGCGCCGUCAACUUCGCCUCGAGCUUAUCGCCAGCUGACCUGAGUCUCAGCCCAACAAAUGGCACCAUCCACUCCAUGGCCAUCUCAUCACCCGCCGCCACGCCCGCCCUCACUGCGUCCUCAGCCAGCACAACCAUCGACUCGCCCUCCAAUAACCACAGCAGCAGCAAAACCGCCACGACGACAGCCUCCUCCGCCUCGCACGUCCGCUCCACCUCGGGCACCUCGCAGUUCUCCAUCGCGACCAGCACAGGCAGCGCCGGCACCCCGCGCAACACCAACGGCGGCUCCUUUGUCCACCCCUUUCAGCAGACCCCGCGGACGUCGACGCCCCCGCUGCUCUCGUACGCCAACGGGCGCGCCUCGCUCGACACGCUCAACAACAUCACGACGACCACCACGCGCGACUCGCCGACGACCAUUGACGAGAACGACGGCGAGUUGGAGCCGUUCCCCCUGCCGGCGCCGGGGAGUAGGCCUCUCCAGAACAGCAUCCACACGAGCAGCCAUCGACGGCCAUCGCUCGUGGCUAGAGGCUCCUCAUCACCGCAGCAGCCCAGCGAGUCCUUGCCGAGACUUUCGACGUCCCGUCGCCCGACAAGGUCUUCCGACGUCCAGCAGCUCAGCGCGACACCCUCCGUGACGGUCGUGGACGACUCCCCCGUGGCCCAACUACCCGCCUCCGCAACGGCGACCAACAGUCCCCUAUCACCCCUGCGGUCGUCGCUCGACAUGAACAACUUUCGCAUCCGCUCGCGCAGCGACGUCGACACCUCCACGCGACAGGAGCAGGUCCGCGCUGCCCGUCGCAAGUUUGAGGAAAAGGAGCGCGCCAAGCAGGAGAAGUACACGCGCGAGCAGACACGCAAGCAGCACCACCACCAUCAUCACCACAAGGCAAGAAAAAGCUCACUGGGCACUCGCUCCUCCACGUCCGAGCAGCGUCCCCCCGCCAUGCCUCGAAGGUCUACCGCCCACGAAAAGUCGGAACUGGAAGCCUCCAACGGUCUCUUCUCCCACGAACCCGAGGAAGAGGAGGAGGAAGAGCAGCGACAGUCGACCGCGACGACGACGACGACGCCCGUCGGGCCCACGGACAUGAACGACGUGCGGUUCGGGCCCAACAACCGCCGGCGCGACGCGAAGCGUAAGACGACGGGCGCUUGGACGGCGUUUGUGCUCUGGUUCCGAACGAGGCUGCUGAAGCUGGGCCGACGGUAGGACCGGGCCCUGAGCUAGGGGCGGCGCCUCACGAGACGAUACCACGGGUUUCUUGACAUUUACGAAGGGAACAUCUGCACACGACACUACGUACGAGGCCAGGACGAUUCAUGUUGGUUGAUCUCUUCUGCUUUUUCCACGACGGCGAUACCACAUCAUAGACGGCAUGCACGGAGUUGGGGGCUCUCUCUCUCUCUGUCUGUUUUGCGACGAGGGGGUCCAAAAAAAUAGCGAUGAUUUUUUUUUAAUUUUUAACGUUUUUCCUUUUGUUAGCGACGAAUUUACUUAUUUUCACGCACUUUGGUAAUUACUG